AAUUUUGGUUCCUACUUUUUACAAUCAUUGAUCAUCUAACUACUCGGCUAAAACGAAGAAAUUUGAUCACAGCAUGAACACUUAGGUAGCAACUCAAUGCGGUUGAACCCUUUUUCAUUUAUACUUAAGACAGUUUUUGUGGAUGCCCUGAACUUGCCGUCGGUACAUUUUUUGCUCUGCUCUCCCGUAUGCCCUACAUCGACAUCCCAUCCAGAGACGACUACGUUUCCAUAUGGUACAUCACAAACUCCGAAUACGGGAACGUGGGCAGCUUUGACCCGGAGCGGCCUACCUGCAUCCUCCUCCAUCCUUUAUUUUUGGACUCGAGCUGGCUCAUAAGACACUUCGAUGAUCCCAGGCUGUCCCAGGAUUAUAACUUGAUAGCCUUUGAUCAGCGGACUUGCGGACGGUCGCGGUGUAGACCCAGCCAAUGGCACGACAGCUACGUUGACGCAGCCGAUCUUGCUAUGGUCUGUCAGGCACUGCUCUUGCCUCCUGCACACAUAUUGGCAUUCGAGGGAAUCUCUGUCAAUGCCGCUCUCAGACUUACUGCACUGUGGCCCGAACAAGUCCUCAGUCUAACGUUAUGUGACGUCCCCCCUCCCACAGAACUUCAAUGGGUCUUCCAUGCUUACGACGAGCUCCUUCAGUUGUGGUGUUACGCGCCUGACCUUGAUUCAUUCGAACAUGCGGGCAACGAAGUGGUGACUUUCAUGACUGGGGAGAGCGACAAUCUAGACCUUCAAGAUGACUUAAUAGCCUACUGGGAAAAAUACACACCUCCGACGAAACGUUUGCAGAUAGUGGAGCUUGUCAAUAUUAUGAUGAACCGCACACUUUUGAAGCCCGAAGAACUUGCUAGUAUCACUUGCCCUGUUCUUAUUAUCCAGGGAGAAUCAAGUACGACAGCUCCACUAAAAUACGCAGAGAAACUUAAACAGCAUUUAAUCAACGCCAAAGAUGGACCUCGGUUGUACGUUGUCAAGGGUGCUAAAGCUUGCCUGAACAUCCACCCUGGCAGCGCCUCGAUAGUGAACCGGGUCUUCUCGGGGUUUCUUGCACAGCAGCCUCAUUCACGGUCCGAUCUUCUUCCUGCAAGGAUGUCCAUACGGGAACGGUCGGAGAUCGCUCUAUCGAAGCUUGCUGACCUUGUCGGCGACCCAUCCAUUGCUCAUAGGGAUCCUCGUUCCUCCCUCUCGUUUUCAUGCGUCAAACCCGAUGUCGCGAAAAGUCAGAUGGAAAAUCUACUGUUUUACGCGAAGGACUUGGAUCAAGCAUACUGUCCACUUGGGAGAGAUGGUCGACCGAUGCGGAAGUACUCUGAACGGAAGAAGGAGGCUCACUGGUUCCAAGGAGAUAAGCAUGGCAAUAGUUACAUCGACACUUCCGAGCUCAAAGCCGCUCGCAACUUCAAGUACAAAAUUUCGAACUCUAAAUCUUCAAACUCUCCGGAGCGUCCAGUGGCAGGAUCUUUAACUACGAACAAAGACAGCCUAGUCACAGACGAGGUGGCACAGGAUGGUCGCAUGCGGCGAACGACCUACAGUGCUAGUUCGGUCGACAAGCACGUUAUCAAAGGAACGAUGCAGAAGGUGGUAACACAAAGUGCUCAUCUGCCAAAGGGAAUAAUAACGAAGGCUAUGUUACCAUCAUGACUCGGUGAUCAUGAUAUCUUGAUGAUAUCUGUACAAAAUAUUCACUCAUAUUUGUCUUUUACCAAAGCUAUUUCUACAGAACGCAUACGACGUUUGGAUCCUUCACAGCUACUGAUAUGUUUUGGAACAUGUAUAAAUACUGAUCUCAA